CUUCAAUUAAUUGCCCAACAUUCAUUGCUAAUUUGCAUUUUCAUGAUGGUGUAUUACUAUAAGCUUAUUGAUUUACUGCUUAUCUUUUCUGUAUUAUCAGUCAACAUUGCAAACUGCGAGGACUGCCCAUUAUUUGGAGACUGUAAAGAAGGGACUCAUUGUUUUUCAUGCUUUCGCGGGAAUUCAUUACGCAAAUGUGUUAGAUCUGCCGCUACGAAUCCGUUCACCCUACUUAAUAGGUCUCUACCAUUCAACAAAUAUGCGUUCUUGACGACCCAUAACUCAUUCGCAAUUACCGGCUACGUUCAUAAGGGUGUUGUUCCCAAUAUUGCUCCUAGAAAUCAAGAAGACAGUGUGACUCAACAGCUCAAAAAUGGAGUUCGCGGAUUAAUGCUUGACGUGUACGACUUUGAAGGACAAAUUUGGUUAUGCCAUUCAGGGGAUGGAAAAUGCCAUGACUAUACUGCUUUUAGACCAGCAAUAGACACAUUGGUGGAAAUUGAAGUUUUCUUAUCAGCAAAUCCUUCAGAAAUUGUUACAAUAAUUUUGGAGGAUCACGUUCAAACCCUUGGUGGAUUGACAAGUAUUUUUACAAAGGCUGGUCUGAUGAAAUACAUGUUUCCAGUUGAAAAUAUGCCUAAACAUGGUGAAGAUUGGCCUCGUGUUAGUGAUAUGAUCAAAAACAAUCAUAGGCUUAUCGUCUUCACUUCUAUCGAAUCCAAGGAACAAACUGAAAAGAUUGCAUACCAGUGGAAGUACAUGGUUGAAAACAAAUAUGGAGAUGAGGGACUUGAGGGAGAAUGCAGGAACCGGGUCAAUUCAUCGGCUCUAAAUGACAAAACUAAAGCACUAGUUUUGGUAAACUACUUUAGGACCAAACAAGAUCUCGAAUCACAUCUGAUGAAGGCUUGUGUAGAUAACUCAGAGCCGCUACUCACUAUGGUUGAUGCGUGCUCUCUCGCUGCGGGUCAACGUUAUGCUAAUUUUUUGGCAGUUGAUUUUUACAAGAUGAGUAAAGGAUCCGGAGGAGGAGCAUUUCGAGCUGUGGAUAAGCUCAAUGGAGAAUUAUUAUGCGGUAAAGAUGAUGUGCACUCUUGUAGAGUACACUGAAACAUUUCAAGAGUACACUUCAAAAUGCCUAAGUGAAGAUGUAACAAAGUUUUGAUAAGCUAAAGUAUGUUUUCAAGUUAAUUAAAGUAUGUUGUAUGACAUCUCAAGCGUUUACAGUGAUUAAUGACACUUCAAUAUUG